AUGAGUCCUAAUUAUAAUGAUGGUACAAGGAAAUGGUCAUUGUUAAACAAGCUAAAAAGGGUUGUUAAGAAGCUAAAUGUGAUCUUAACUUCAACGUAUAAGUUUAAUCAAUGGAGAUUAGCUUCGAUAUCGAUUCUUCGAGGCUCGUCGACUAGGCGUUACACCCGGCAUUUGAGCUUCAAAGAUGAGAUGGGGUUGUAUAAUGGAUGUUCAAAUGAUGUAUUGAUGAAUGAAGAUAGUAAUGAAAUAAAUAAGCGCGAUUUGAGUUCAUUUAGAAGCUUUGGAAGGAUGAAUAAUUACAAUAAGAAUAAUUAUGGUGUUGAAGAUAUUGAUACAAGGGCAGAUUUGUUUAUUGAGAAUUUUCAUCGACAACUUCGGAUGGAAAGACAGAUUUCUUUGGAGCUUAGAUAUUGCAAUUAUAAUAACAAAUGA